CGGGUUGCAUAAAUGCGGUGGAAGUGCGUUAUGAGUGACUUCGUGUUCGUCCUUCGGAGGUUGAUAUCAAUUUCGUAUUCCAAUCGAAAAGGAAUAACUAUCUAACAGCAAAUGCCAAAGAAAAAAGUCAAAGAAAAUAAAGUUCUUGUAGAUCAGUCAGAUCCUUUGGAGUUGGCGAGUGUUGUUAGCCUUCAUAGUGACGGCAGCGAGACUCCAACAACCUCUUCCGUUGACGUUGAAGAUGGAUUGGCUUUGGAAUCGCUUCUUGAUAAAGUUUGCUCAGCAAUCGAUUUAAUGGAAGAAAAGAGAACGGAAACUCGAAUUAACGCAAUACGUUCAUUAAUUGAGUUUUUUCGUUCACACCAUUUCUGUUUGGAUGGCUCUUGGAACUACACUGAAACUCUGAUAACCAGCAUUGAAAAUAUUUUCAAAAAGAGUAAACCACAGGAUCAGGCAUUAGCUGCAGAUUUACUGACCGUAUUCUCUCUACAAAUUGAUCCACACGAAGUUCCUAUAUGGUUCGAGAGGUUCUUUCCUAUUUUAGAGCCUAUCAUUCGUGAUUCCACCAAAAAUCCUAAAUUCAGAGCGUCUUCCGCCAUAGCUCUUUCAGUACUGCAGUCUUUGUCAGGUUAUUGUGACUUUAUCUCACCAUUAGAUGUUAUAAAAUCAUUUGAAUUUGUAUUCAAAAGCUCGACUUCGAAAAUUGAAGCUGAUAUUUUUGAUCUUUAUGUAGCAGCACUUAAAGCCUGGACACUAAUAUACACUUUCCUAUCACCAUACGACUCUGGUAAUGUCGGAAAAGCCGUGCUUCCUGUUUUACUCUCUUUACUUCAGUGCUCAAAUGUGAAUGUUCGUAUAAUAGCAGGUGAAGCUUCAGCAGUCAUUUAUGAACGAAUUCGAAACGAAGUUGAUGAUAAAUUCAAAGGUCCCUAUUACAGCGAUCUUGUCCGUCUACUUGGUGAGUUGGCUACAGAUAGCUCAAAAAGUCGCUCUAAAAGUGAUCUCAAGAAACAACGUCAUUCCUUUCGGGAACUCGUGGAGGCCGUAGUGCACUGUGACUAUCCUGAAACAUCGAUAAACUUUGGUGCUGAAGUUUUAACGUUAUCAUCUUGCGCUGGACACUUUUAUUAUAACUUCUUGUGCUCAGUGCUAGGAAGUGGAUUGAGGCAUCAUCUUCGUGAAAAUCCGUACAUUCGUAAUCUUUUUGAUCUUGGUUUACCGUUGUUACCACAGCGAAAUGGAGCCAACCAUCGGGUCCUCAAAGAACAGAAACGAUUAACUAAUGCAAUAGCGUCAAAGAGUCGUACACAAAAACUUGGUAUGUACAGAGAUAAACGGCGAGAAAUGCUAAGUGAACUAGAAUAAAAGACUGAACAUUAUCACCCUAUCGGUUCUUUUUCUUAACGACUCCGUUUGUCUUCUAGCUUUUUAUGAAGAUGCUUUAACAAUGACAUUUUAUUUUAUUCUACUGCUUACACAAAGCAAAAUUCUGUUUAUUGUCUUUUAUGUUAUCUCAAUACUAGUGAACAUAUACUUCACUUGAAAAGUUUAUUCUGAAGAAAGUAUUGAUAUUUUGCUCGUCAAAAAAGUCACUUAUAGUUUACGUUUUUCAUAUUCAUGCUAAAACAGGUCUACGUAGUUUUGGUACACUAUCCAUUACAACUCAAGUAUUUAUCAUGGUAUAAGGUUCAUUGUAAUAUAACAAGUGAUGAAGGUUUACAUGUUUUCAAUCCAUGCUUUAGACAUCAAUUAUCGGGAAUAUAUACUCGUGAAGAA